CCUCCCUUCCCUGCCCCUGUUUACAGACUACGGCGUGAGCUACGGUCACCGUAUAUAAUCCCGAGUGUGGCCGCGUAGCAUCCUCUGAGAGGAUAGGAGAUGGAAAAGGGGGUGUAAGGAAGCAAAACAAGUAUUUGAAAAAAAUAAUAAAAAACGGAUUAAAGCGAGGGAGGAGUCUGAUGGACUUGACCGUCACCGUAGCGUGGAUGCUGAGGAUGAGGAUGCGACUAGCUUGAUUGCGGAGGGGGUGACGCAAAAUAAACACCUUUUACUAGUACAUGUAUAUUUCAUCAUUUUCCGUUAAGGGGAAGAGGAUUUGACUCCACGGGGAUGGACGUGAGCACUCAACACUGAGGCUCCCCGUUCUCCAGUUGUUCACCCAUGGCCCUCAUUCACGAGGCCCGCGCCCCAUCUCCAUCUCUAUCCGGCUUCAACACCCCACUCUCCGACCCCCCGUCCUUUCGCCGGCUCGAUGCUGAAACGCCCUGCACCCCUGAAAUGGACCUGACGCCAACCCAGUGCGUCCUUCGGAACGUCCUUUCUAUAGACGUGGGGGGCACAGUACAACCUGGAGGAGGAGGGAGAGGAGAAGGAGGCGACGGGCCGACGACAGGGCCCCACCAGACGCCGGGCGAUGAGCAACAGGAGCACUUUGCCAACAGCGUCCUCAAGCUGCACGAGCAUGACAGCGGUCCCGCCAGGACAGAGGGAGAGGGGACGGAGGCGGACGGCAGCGCGGUGCGGCGCGACGCGGCCAACACCAGGCUGCAGUGCCAAUCUAGUGGAGGGGGUGGGGGCUUUCUGGAGGGCUUGUUUGGCUGUCUGCGACCGGUCUGGACUAUGAUCGGGAAGGCUUACUCCACUGAACACAAGCACGACCUGGACGAAGCGUGGGAAGUCCCCUUCGAGGAGAUAUCAGAUCUACAGUGGGUGGGCAGUGGCGCCCAGGGUGCCGUUUUCUUGGGCAAGCUGCACGGACAGGAAGUGGCGGUGAAGAAAGUGCGGAACAUCAAGGAGACGGAUAUCAAGCACCUCCGCAAGCUCAAACAUCCAAACAUCAUUACUUUCAAAGGGAUUUGCACCCAGGCUCCAUGCUAUUGCAUCCUCAUGGAGUACUGUGCCCAGGGCCAGCUCUACGAGGUGCUGAGAGCAGGCAGGAAGAUCACGCCGUCACUCCUCAUGGACUGGGCCAUGGGCGUUGCUGGCGGGAUGAACUACCUUCACUUGCACAAGAUCAUCCACAGGGACCUCAAAUCGCCCAAUAUUCUGAUCACGUAUGAUGACGCGGUGAAGAUCUCCGAUUUUGGCACGUCUAAGGAGCUGAGUGAUAAGAGCACCAAGAUGUCCUUUGCGGGUACGGUGGCCUGGAUGGCGCCGGAGGUCAUACGGAACGAGCCCGUCUCAGAGAAGGUGGAUAUUUGGUCUUUCGGCGUUGUGCUGUGGGAGAUGCUGACGGGAGAGGUGCCCUACAAGGACGUAGACUCCUCUGCUAUCAUCUGGGGAGUGGGCAAUAACAGCCUGCAGCUGCCCGUACCUGACAGCUGUCCCGACAGCUUCAAACUGCUCUUGAGGCAAAGCUGGAAUUGCAAACCAAGAAACAGACCCUCGUUCCGACAGAUUCUCCUGCAUCUGGACAUCGCUUCAGCAGACAUCUUGUCGACCCCGCAAGAAACCUACUUCCAGUCACAGGCUGAGUGGAGAGAUGAGGUCAGGCACCACUUUGAGAAGAUCAAGUCCGAGGGAACAUGUCUUCACCGACUGGAUGAGGAGCUCAUCAAACGGCGCAGGGAGGAACUGAGACAUGCACUUGACAUCCGGGAGCACUACGAGAGGAAACUGGAGCGAGCCAACAAUCUCUACAUGGAGCUCAACGCCAUCAUGCUGCAGUUGGAGCUCAAGGAGAAGGAGCUGCUCAAGAGGGAGCAGUCGCUGGACAAGAAGUACCCGGGUUGCUUUAAGCACCACAGCUCCAGACAAUCGGCCUCCUCCAACUCCAUGGAGAAACUCAUGAAGAAACGCAACGUGCCUCAGAAGCUGCCCGCGCACAGCAAGAGGCCAGACUUACUCAAGUCAGAAGUCAUCCUUCCCAAACUGGACUCCUCCAUGACCCAGGUGACCAUCCCCACCAAAGGCUCCACGUCGCCCGGCCGCUCCCGCCGAGGGAAGCCUCGUUACAGGAAGGCGGGCAAAGGCAGCGGCAGCGAGCUGGCUCAGCUGAAGGCCACGCUGUCUUCAUCGCUCGCCAUGAUCAGUGCUACCACGUCGGUCCCCAGCAGCAAGCAGCGUCUGGACCCCAGCGCUGCGCUCAGGGGCCUGCAGCACGACCUGCUGCUCAAGAAGAUGUCGUCCUCCAGCCCCGACCUCAUCUCCACCACGCUGGAGGCGGAAGGACGCAGGAAGGGCCAGGCCGUCCCCGGCCUGGACCGGGCGGGUAGCCAGAGCGCCUCGGCCGGGCUGGAGGAAGGCAGCCCGGACGGCGGCCCGGAUGUGAGCGCCGGGGCGGAAGAACUGGCGGAAACGCCGCCGCGCAGCGACACGCCCAGCGAAGACGCCACCUCCGUCCCGUUCGCCAGCAGUCCUGACUCGCCGUGCGGCAAGGGGGCGGCAGCGAGGCGGCCGUCGUCCACCGGGAGCCCCCGCCUUCCUCAGGAUGGCGAGGAGAAGGAGGAGGGCCCGGUGAUCACGCGCUCGCCCAGGAGUCAACGCCUCACGCCAUCGGCGCUACUCUACAGGGCGGCGGUCACUCGCAGUCAGAGACGCGGCGUGUCGUCCGAGGAAGAGGAGGGAGAGGUGGACAGCGAAGUGGAGUUGCCCAGAAGAUGGAGGCCGGCGAGCAUGAGCAAAUGCCAGUCGCUGUCCACAUUCAGCUCAGAGAACCUGUCAGUGUCGGACGGCGAGGAAGGCAACACCACGGACCAUUCGCACAGCGGCACGCCCGACGUGGUCAGCACCAACACGGAUGAACGCCUGGAUGACAAGAGCGACGACCUCCUCUCACAGGGCUCCGAGAUCCCCGCCGAUCCCGCCGCCUCCGACGGCCUGUCCGAGAAGGAGGCCGCCGUCCGCCACGUCAAGACGCAGCUUGCCACUCACGAGCUCAACUACGACGAGGCUCUCUACGAUGACUCAGACUGCGACAGCGCGGAGUUGGACCACCCGGGCUGCGUGGAGCCCAGCCAGAACUGGUGAAGGUCACCACCAGCCCAACCCUGUACGCUAGACGGGGCUCAUUGAACCCCUUGUCAUCACAAACACGCGCACACAGCAAAGGCAGGACAUGAGGACUUUUUGAGCGGACUGAACAAAGUGUGUGUGGUUUCUCACUGUGUCACGUGACGGAAUCCAAUCAGGUUUUGUUUGGCCUAAUUAUGCACUCUGUCGUCUGUUUAUUUAUUUAUUUGUCUUCAAGAAUAUUCACAUUGUGUCGUCGUCAACUACAUUGCCAUUUUCUACGUGUACAUAAAGAAAAGCCGCCCGUGUAAAAUGAACAAAUUUCUAAUGCGUGAGAUUGUAUCGUUUAAAAAAAAAAAAAAAAGAAGGUGCUGAUGUUUCUACUUGUUGACCACAUGAAGCUUUUUUUUUUUUUUGUGUUUGUUAUUUGAAUGUAUCCUUGCUUGCGCAUCCCAACGCGGGGGAACAAAAGAGGAAGAGUUAUGUGAACAAAGAAGAAGCAAUAUGUCCAAGUCUAUAGCAGCAUCUACUGGACUAUUUCUCUGAAUGUAAAUACUUUUUUUUAGUUU